AUGGGGCUUCUGGAUCUUCCCUCGGAGAUUAUUUUAUUGGUUUACCAGCGCCUGGAUUUGACAAGUGAUGCUUAUUACUUCUCACAAUCAUGCCAGUACGCCUACAAUGUCUUCAGUGUUCCUCAUAACCGAGGCAAGAUCUUGCGAUCAAUCCUAAACAAUAUGUUUAGUGCUGCAGCACCAAACCGAGCCUGGCUGGAAGCUUGCUUUGGGGCAAACACGCUAUGGAGGCCCACAGACAAUCCUGUUGGCCUGGACCAUGAUCGUACUCGAGAGUUUCUUUUAAAUGUUGGCUUCCCUGCCUUCAAGCUACACGGCAUACCUUUCGAAUCUACACACCUAGCACAACAUGCAAAUAGUAGUCUGAAACAUUACGUUCUUACCGACGACAAUGAACUUGAAAUGCAUCACACCCCAUCCUGUCCGCUAGCUCAGUGCACUGACAUCUAUUUCCAUUUUGGAACUGUCGAUGACUGCAUGGUAAUGGUGGACGGGGUGGACGGUGAUGUGUGGCUUUAUGAACCAGAUUAUCGCCGGUACGCUGGAGCCGGUUUCUAUCUAUAUGACUGCCCUUGGCAUAAUACAGUUGCAUGGUCGUUGGAUAGCUUGGCGAUGGUGCUUGGGAUGGUGGUGGCUGUGGUACAGGACCUGAGAGACGCCCCCUGGAAGUCAUCUCCAUGGGGUUUUGAGGCACGAAAAUGUAUUCUUGACACGUUAAGGGAGCAAAUCAAUGAGUGCGAUUAUGUGGUCGCAGAGGAUAUUUCGGGGUUCUGGGAUGACUUGUUUAAGAAUUUGAUGGAGGAGUGA